AUGGCUUCCGCAGCUCUCUCCCAAUCCCUAUUCUCCACUCUCAAUUCUCACCGAACCCCCGAGAAUGUCUCUCUGUCUUUGCACCGGUCAAAAACUCCGGCAUUCAUUCGACAGCCACUCGGUCCCUCUAGAUCUCGUCUGUUAUCUGCACAAUCGAAGAAGACCCAGAACAAUUUCAUCGCCAACUGCACUCCCACUGGGAAUGAAAGCACAACCCAAGAGACCCCCAUCGAAUUGAGGUACCCAGCAUUUCCGGCAGUGAUGGAUAUCAAUCAGAUUCGAGAAAUUUUGCCCCACCGCUUCCCAUUUCUGUUAGUGGAUAGAGUGAUUGAAUACACUCCAGGCGUUUCAGCAGUCGCCAUUAAGAAUGUGACCAUAAACGAUAAUUUCUUCCCUGGGCAUUUUCCAGAGAGGCCAAUUAUGCCUGGUGUUCUUAUGGUUGAGGCAAUGGCACAAGUUGGUGGAUUGGUUAUGCUGCAACCGGAAGUGGGAGGCUCUCGUGACAAUUUCUUCUUUGCUGGAAUUGACAAAGUGAGGUUCCGUAAACCAGUGAUUGCUGGAGACACCUUAGUGAUGAGAAUGACACUUACCAAGCUGCAGAAACGCUUUGGUAUAGCAAAGAUGGAAGGAAAAGCAUAUGUUGGAGGUGAAGUGGUAUGCGAGGGCGAGUUUUUGAUGGCUAUGGGCAGUGAAUGA